AUGUUCCCCUCGCUCAACUCAAUCAAGAAGCCCAAGAAGAGUUUCAAUCUGUUGCAUCUUGAGACACAAGAGUAAUAUUUCCUCUCCCUCAAAGUGGCAUUAAUACCCAGUGCAAGAAGUGAUGAGUAACAUAUUUGUAUAUGUCGAUUCCCAAUUCAGAAUCCGAGGCAAAUUGCAUCUAUGUUCUCGUUCCUUGGUUUUCGAGCCCAAAUCCUCGUAGUUGCCAUUAAUGAAAAUGAAGUACAGCAAUGGACUCUUUAUGAAAGUCCUCAAAAAUUUCGAACCCAAAUCACUUGGUCAUCUACUCAGUAUUCGUUGGGGCCAUCAAUUAAUGCAGGAGGAGAUCGAUCAACUCGAUUUAGCAGCAGUCUUGAACCAACAGAAGGGAGAAUAAGUUUCUACUAUUAUUGAUUACUAAAUUAGAAAUCGAAUGAACUCUUAGAAAAGCUAUACAAUAGAUAACGCAAGAACCUCAUAUAAUUAGCAUGCAACUGCUUCUUCAUUAAGGUCGACAAACUCUUUAUCGUCAAUCGCAAUCCCAUCAGUCCCUACAUCACCGAAACCGUAAAAAUACCUCAUUCUCUCUCUAGUGCGAUGACAACAUUGUGUUCACCAUAUCCAAAUCUAAUUCCAAGCAGAUCCUCAUUCGAUUUCUUAAAUUAUACCAAGGAAUCAAUUAAGCCGAAGACGAGUUCACCUUCAUCAGUCAAACAAUCCAACAAACCUUAAAUGACAGUCUACAAGAACAUAAACAAAAUGUGGGAUCUGAAGGCCACAAAAUAGAAUUUGUCCAUAAAGGUACACACUCCCAUUUCAUAUCAAUAGCCAAACUCAUUAAACCAGAAGGAGUGAUCUUUGGAUUGUUUAGCAUUCAAAAAGAGGAGAUCCUCCAAUUCAUUCCAUUAAUCAAUUCACCCCAAGCCAAAAUCAUGCAAUUCAUGUUCACUGACAUCAAAUACUUCCUCAAAUACAGAUAUAUGUUCAAAAACAAUGGAAUCGAGUUCUGGAUGUACAACAAAAAGAGAUCCUAUCUCUUUGUCUUCGAUGACUAAAACACCUAAGAAUCUGUGUUUAAAUACUUCCAGAAGAAGGCAACUAAACGUUGUCUAACGGCUUUGACCAAAGAAAAAGUAGUUGAUGAAUGGAUAAGUGGUAACAUGACUAAUUUUGAUUACUUGAUGGCCUUGAAUACUCUGGCCAACAGAAGCUUCAACGAUCUCUCUGCCUACCCUGUAUUCCCGUGGAUCAUUGCUGAAUAUAAUGAGAAGGACUUCAAUGUCAACUCCCCCGCUUUCUUCAGAGAUCUAUCCAAACCCAUGGGUGCCCUCAAUAAGCACAGACUCUAAAAAUAUAAAGUAAUCUCAUAGUCGUAAACAUGUAGGCAUUCUAUAAGGAUCAAUUAAAAGAUAAGAAAUAGGAUCCCAAACCUUAUUUGUACCCCACUCAUUAUUCCAGUCCUGGAACUGUCGUCUACUAUAUGAUCAGGAAGAUUCCUGAAUUCGUGAUUAAGUUAUAAAAUGGCGUCUUUGGACCGACUGACAGAAUAUUCAGAGGCAUCGAUUCCACUUGGUUUACUACUCUCAACCUUCAUGCUGAUUCCAAAGAACUCAUACCAGAGUAUUUAACCAUUUUUAUACAUUAGAUUCUAUGGAUUAGAUAGUGAUUUUUUAGUUAAUUGCGAUAAAUUAGAAUUGGGCAUAACCUAAGAUGGAGAAGUCAUUGAUGAUGCUGUUAUACCUGCCUGGGCAGACAAUGCUGUGGAUUUCUUAGCCAAAAUGAGGAUAGCUUUGGAAAGUCCAUAUGUUUAAGCUAACCUACCUUAAUGGAUCGAUUUGAUUUUUGGAAGCAAAUCCACUGGAAAUGAAGCACUCUUAAAUGACAACUUAUUCUACCCUUACACUUACGCAGAAAAUGUCAAUUGGGAUAAGUGUAAAACUGAUAUUGAAAGGCAAGCCUUAGAAAUCUAGGUUACUGAAUUUGGUCAAGUGCCUUUGCAAUUAUUCUAAACAGCUCAUCCUCAAAGAAAGUUGAAAAUUCAAGGAAAUUUAAAAUAAUUAGAGGAUGAAAAGAGGGAACUCAAAUAAAUUAAUUAAAAUUUAUAAAAUAAAAUUCAAAAAUUAACCCAGUAGAUCUAAUAAAGUUAAGAUAAAGAACUAGUUACAUAACUGCAAACUCAAUUGGCUGCACUUUAAUGGGAAAAUGAGAAACUCAAAUUCAAUCUUGAAACCUUUAAAUAAGAAGUGAUGGCAAACAAAGAAGUUAUAUAAACAUUUAAUUCACAAUUUGAUUAAGAAGAAUUUGAUAAAAACGGUUUCGACUUUUUAAAUGAUGAUAGCCUCUUGGACAGUUCAAAAAAAGCCAAUUAAUGA